AUGGUCUACAAGAAGAAGGUUCGCACUGACUACACGAAGCAGGACUUCAUCAAGAUUCUCAAGGCCGAGGGCGAGGAGGGCAUCGUCAGGGUGGCCCUGACCCUGCUGGGCGAGGCGCGGAAGAAGAAGCGCGGCGACGUGCUGCCCUGCUUCCUGAGGCUGUGCCAGACGGUGCACGCCGAGAAGGAGAUGCUCCUCCCGCCGGACGCGAUCCACAUGUUCGGCCACCUCGUCGGCCUCCAGUUCGAGAUCGCCAACAACAACGCGCUGCACCGUAUGGAGCGCCACGAUCUGCUGCGCAUGCGCGACGUGAACGAGUUCCUGGGCGGCCACCUGCUCCAGCUGUCCCGCCCGCUGCCCAAGUCGUUGACCGCCCUGAAGCAGGACCAGGAAGUCAGGGAGUGCCUGAUCAAGUACUUCUGCGUGAUCCUGCACUCGUUGCCGGCGUGCGGCGACCCGGAAGAGGACGGCGAGCGGCCGACGAUCGAUGCGGCCCGCCGCGAGAUCUUCACGCUGGCCUCCUGCCUGGCCGAGUCGCCGUUGAUGUGGCUGAAGGCUAAGCGGCCGAAGCUGCUCGCCGAGCUGUCGAUGCUCGUCGGCGGAAUUGUGGACGCGAUCCCGAACUCGCCGCAGCCGCUGCGCGAGAAGCUGAUCGAGGUGGUGAGCCUGUACGCGAUGGAGGACCAGCACGGUGAGCUGCUGGCCCUGGUGCAGAACACGCAGGCCGACAAGCUGCUUGAGAAGAUCCCUGCUGAAGGGUUGACGUCGAAUGAGAAGGUGUACCUGCAGGUGGUCCUGGCCGCCCUCGACGAGGCGCGCAACAACGAGUCUGAAGCC